GUUUACUUGUGAAAAGUCGCCCACACUGUGUCCACAGCGACGGCGACCCUUGCGAAGACAAUGGUGCUUUAUUCCCCAGAUCGGGUGCUUCCCUGUGCCCGGAUUUUAUGAAAAGCAGACCGGUGGCCAGUGGAAGUCUAUCAAUUCAGAAAUCCCCUUUCCUUCAGUCCACUUCAGCUGCCACCAGUGGCGGCAUUGUCGUUCCCUUUUUUCACUUUCUCUGUUGCUGGUCAUCCUCUGUCUUUGUAGCAUUUAAAUUUCCUCUCUGGUAUAGCGUCACUUUGAUCUUCUGUUGCAUUUACGUCGCCCGCGAUGCUACCAGCCAAAGCUUAUGUCUUCAUCGGUCUCAAUGCUGUCCGCACUGUUAGCAUUAUUGCUCUUCUUUUGGUUUUUUCUAGCAGCAUCCUGGUGAUGGUCGAUGACAUCGAAGCAGUCAACGCAUUUGUCGAUGGCGGGAGCAACUCGAGCUCCACAAUUAACUCUGACUACAUACAAAACAGUACAGUUCCUAAUCAGCCAGCUGGCGUGUUUUGGGCAGUAUUGAACCGGUUGUUGAUCAUUGCACAGACCGUCGUUUUGAUUCUUUCAGAACUAGGCUGGCCCGCGGGGUUCUUUGAUUACUACUUUCCCGUUCUCGGGAGUGACUUUGGACUAGGUGCUCUUGGAGUGAUGCAAUGUUUGAUAGGAGCUUCUGUUCUUUCUCACUUCGUCAAAGUCUUCCCCCUCGUCUCCGGUUUCUUCCUCUUUUCCAUCGGCUGUCUCAACAUGCUAAUCGGCCUUAUCUUCCGAGAACGUGCCAAGUCUACGCGUUCCAUAUUAUCAUUCCGGGACAGAGCAGAUGACAUGCUGUCAUCACUCGAUAAAACUAAAGAAACACCGUUCAGCAAAUAUAGGAUGGAUCGAGAUGCAGAGAUGGGCGUGGGUGUCAAAGAACCGGAUACUGCGCACGCUCGCACUUAGGUGUAUGAUGGAUGCUAUCGUUCCCCAAUUUCCGCCAGUAUUUAAACAAUGUCCGCUGUGCUCUUGGGUACUAUACUAAGUUAUGUAAACAUGUAUUUUAUCUUUCUAUCCAUACGGCUUGCACUGAACUCUGAAACUACUCAAACGACUGUAAUUCUUGCUCUGGUAGCGGCGUUGAUCAAGCCUGAUCUGACUUGACGGGGAUAUGGAUUUCAGUGCAUAGUUGACACUAUCUUGGAGCUAGAAUUUUAUAUACGUUCGUCACAAGUUGCAACGGCAGGUUUUCAGCUACCGAAAAAUGUAUGGAUAGUAUACAUUGCAAACGAAGAUGGCAGGUAUUUGGUAUUGGUAUCGUACAUAGAGGACGGUUCGAAAUGCAUCAGAGGAAGUGGGUAAAGCACAUCAAUGAGAGUCCAUAGAGAGAUGACAUAUCAAUACGACCCGUGAAGGAUGAGAAGGUCUAAUGAUUACCGUCCGUAUAUUCAGG